AACAGGACAAUUUAGCAAAUUAUCUUUAAGUUUUUUGUCAAGUUAGCUGAUUUUCAAAUUAAAAUGUAUUCGUUGACACAUGCGUUUGUGUUAAUGGAGAAGGAAAGUGAGAGAAACAAACGGCGUCUCAGAAUUGAGCGAAAAAUAUUGAGAGAUGCAAGCAACCUUCUCGAUGUGGACGAGUCAACGUUUAUCAAAAAUUACCGGUUAAAUAAAGCUGCAUUUACAUACGUUUUGAGUUUUAUUGAAGAUGGCGCAAUCUCAGCGAGAUCGUCGUCCAAAACUCCCAGUUCUCCGACUAUCCUCUGUUUUACGGUUUUCUUGCGGAGGGAGGCUAUCAGCACGCAGUUGGCAAAGAUUUCGACGCGCCAAUGGUUGACAAUGGCAGUUGACAUUUAGCUGUGUGCCAAAAGGCGUAUU